AUGCUGUAUACCUACAUAUUACCGCUUCUUGAGUUGUCGGUGAUUUGCCAUGCGACCACCAGCAUCCAGGUACAGGAGGCGGAUAGUGCCAAGUCGUUUUGCGGUUCAAAACACCCGGAAGACAACUUGCGACUCCAAAACAGACCUGGCUUCGAAGCCGGGACCUUGGCCCGGCGCGGCGAUUCGGGCCUCGACGGGUCGAGUUUCAAGGAUGACGGGAGUCCAAUCUACAUCGAUACAUAUGUCACUGUUGUAGCUACCGGGCAUGACGUCGAGCAUGGAUACGUUACCCAAGAGAACGUUGAUAAGCAGCUCGGGGUGUUAAACGAGGCUUUCCGUGGAGCAGACAUCUCCUUCAAGCACAUGGAAACUAAAUGGUACAGCGAACCAGUAUGGUGGACCAGCGAUGAUCGUGAUUUGGAUCAAAAAAAGAGACUGAUGAGAGCGAUGCUCCACCGAGGCAAUUAUAAAACGCUCAAUCUGAUCUACAUAACAGAAAUGAGCCCAGCCGGUUUAAUCCUCGGGGACAGCUACCCCCCAGAGAAACUCGCCCAAGAUGAUGAGCCAUACUAUACUGAUGGUUGCAUGAUAUCCUCAGACCAGGCACCUAACGUUGCAGAAGACACAAACAUGUCUGGUUACACUACCAUUCACCAGGUUGGCGAGUGGCUCGGCAUCCACCACCUUGACAAGGAAACCUGUGACAAUCACGACGAGGAGUACUGCCCCGGCGGUGAUCCAUGGACAAACUACAUGUUUGCCUGGAAGAGAUUUUAA